UUCAUAUUAUAAUAAAGUAUAUUUUAUUUCUAUGAAUAAAUUUUAUAUAUCCCACAAAUAAAUUUUCAAGUAUUUUUUUAGUAUAUGAAUUUAAAACUUGCGAUAUUCAGUCACAAUUCGUUGUAAAUGUUUAAACAAAACUAUAAGAUUCAAAAAGAGUAGAAACUACUCUCCUUGGGAGUUUUAUCGAAACACGCGAUAUCGAUCGAAUUCGAUAUUGCGCACCAUAUUGGCAAUUAUAUUCAGAGUGAACGCGGCAUCGGACGGGUCAAAGAUCACAACGGCUGAUAGAUCAUGCCCUUUAUUGCAAAAUGGAAGCUGAAAUUGAGGUUCAUAGCGUUCCUCUAUUAUUAAUCUCUUCUAUCUUAAUGCUCAUGUUUAUUAUGAAUGAGUCGCGCAAACGACGUCAGUAUAAGCUUCGUCAAUCGUUCCGAAACUUUUUCCUAAUCUAAUAUAACCUAAUUGAACAAAACCAUAGACAUAGAUAGACGGUACGACAAUCGACAGCUGUGCACAGUGCAAAAUCGCCGUAACCGAUAUCAGAACGCAUUCGAUAAUUAAAUACUACAAUAGAUAAUAUAAUAUCGAGUGAUUGCGUGACAACACCUUAUGUGUACGUUCGACAAUUCGGCGGCGCGUCGAGUUGUGCGUCUUUCGACGGAGCGGCAAAACAUGUCAACAAAACACGCAGGUCAUCGACACACUCGCGAACGUCGCAUUCCUUUGUGGGGAGUUGAGGACGUCGUUUAUGGCGAUAGCGCUGCUCGUUAUUUCUGCGUCAGUUUCGCGAAAUGCGUCCUUCCAUGUCCUUCCUUGUUUCCAUGUGUGUGUCAAUUAUCGACACACCCGUCGCGCGGCCGCGUACGUCGAUGAUUACAAUGGAGCAUCGUAAAAUUCGGGGAGUGAGUGUCCGGCGUCGCGAGUCUUUCGGCGUGACAACAAAACAUCAACAAAGCAUGCAGGAGCUCGACAGGUUCGCGUACGCCGCAUUCCUUCGCGGAGCGUUGACGGAGUCGCUCGUCGGUACUCUGUCCGCUAUUUUCACGUAAGUCCUGCGGAAUUGAUCAAUGUCCCCGCGUAUGAUAGUCAGUGUUCGUUAUUACUUGACGAUACUCGCGCCGCGGUCGCGUGUGCUGGUGAUUACAACGUUCUACCAUAGUUUCCAGAGGAUGCCUGUCCCGGAGGAGCCGGGUCGGGCAAAACGGGAUUGGUUCGACGAUGAUCAUCUUUAUGUUUAGAUCCACAUAUAGCCGACCUCGACUUCCAUCAUUUCGAGAUCUAAUAGAAAAGACGCAGUCACACGGCUCUAGGGGAUGCGAUGUCUGGGGGAUCCUCCGCGCCGGAGGAUUCGGCUUGGGCCUGGCUGAGUCGGCUCGAAGAGACGAGCACUUGAUUCUAAGGGGAUGCCACACCGGAGGAUCCGGUUCGGGCCUGGCAGAGUUGGCGCGAAGAGACGAAGCAAACGACCAGCCAACUCUUAAGAGCUGCUGCGCCGGAGGAUCUGGCUCGGGCCAAGCGGGGUUAGCUCGAAGAAACGAUAGUAGAACGUGGCUGCCCUGAUCGGCGGGUCGGUAAGUCAAAUAAGAAAAAAAAUAUGGUAAUAGAAAGACUAAAAGUUUUUCCAUGUAAUGCAUGUUUAUGAAUCAAUGCGAUUUACUUUGCUGUGGUGUAGUGUGUGUAUGUGCCGUCCAAUAAAGCACAUUGUUCGAAACAACUGAAAGAUCG